UACUUUGACCAGCCUAUGGCACCUUCAACUAUUGUUCAAGACAUCAGGAUAUUCGUUGGAACGUGGAAUGUGGGAGGGAAGACACCUGAUCCUGGCCUAAAUCUUGAACAUUUCUUGCAGGUGGAGGGGUCUUCAGAUAUAUAUGUGUUAGGGUUUCAGGAGAUUGUUCCUUUGAGUGCUGGAAAUGUUUUAGUUAGUGAAGACAAUGAGCCUGCAGUGAAAUGGCUAGCCCUCAUAAGCCAAGCACUGAACAAGUCAUAUCAUGAAUAUAUGGAUUCAUUUUCGGAGGGGUCGAAUUCAAAGCACUCACAUAACUCAAAGGACUCAAAAUCCAAUGUUUUCCAUAAGCCAUCUCUGAAAGUGCUCAGCAGAAAUCUAAAAAUUGAUAAUAGCCUUCUCAAGAUUUGCAAUUGCCCCUUGGAAUCUUCAAUUUCGAACAGGCUGCCUAGGAAGCUUAGUGACCCUUGUGCUUCUCCUUUCUCCUCUGGAGAUUCUAGCAUGGAUGAAUUCCUUCAGUUGGCAGAAAUUCCUUCUCCUAGAAUGUGUUACCGUCUUGUCGCAAGCAAGCAAAUGGUAGGCAUUUUUCUUUCAGUUUGGGCCAGAAAAGAGUUGGUGCAACACAUUGGCCAUCUCAGAAUCUCCUGCAUUGGAAGAGGAAUCAUGGGUUAUCUUGGCAAUAAGGGCUGUAUAUCAGUAAGCUUGUCAUUGCACCAAACAAGCUUAUGCUUUGUCUGCAGUCACUUGGCUUCUGGGGAAAAGGAAGGAGAUGAACUCAGAAGGAAUGCUGAUGUAGCUGAAAUUCUAAAGAGUACGCAAUUCCCCAGGAUUUGCAAAAAUCCAAUUCGUCAAAUUCCAGAAAGAAUUAUUGACCACGACCGCAUUAUCUGGCUUGGAGACUUGAAUUACCGGGUGUCUUUAAGCUACGAAAAAACCAGACUGCUGUUAGAGGACAAUGACUGGGAUUCCCUUCUGGAAAGGGAUCAGCUAAACAUGGAGAGAGAAGCAGGCAGGGUAUUUAGUGGUUUUCAUGAAGGGAAGAUCUUCUUUGCUCCAACUUACAAGUACUCACACAACUCUGAUUCCUACGCUGGAGAGACUGUAAAAUCUAAGAAAAAGAGGCGAACCCCAGCAUGGUGUGAUAGAAUAUUGUGGCGUGGAGAUGGGAUUGAGCAGUUAUCUUAUAUUCGGGGAGAAUCCAGAUUUUCAGAUCAUAGACCUGUAUGUGCUGUAUUUGCUGUAGAGGUGGAGAUGAAGAACAAGCAAGCAAAGUUUAGGAAGGGCUUUUCAUGCACAGGCUCAAGAUUGGGCUUUGAAGACUGUAUACCUAUGAGGCAUAGCUUUUAUGACUCACCUCAAUUGUAA